AUGAUGGGAGGGACUACGCUGUUUGCGGUGGCGGCGGCGGGCCUCCUGAAUGUCGCCGUCUCGCAAGAGUUCCCCGCGAUGGAGUUCGUGAUCCCACUGUACAUCGCUCCGAUGUUCGACAAUGGCACCACCGUCACGAUCGACCCGCAGUGGACGGCGCUUGCCGAGACCGCGGCGACGGGUGCGACCGUGUUCGGGAUCCUCAACCCGGCGAGCGGGCCGGGUGAGGUCACCGACGCCAGCUACCCGGACGUGAUCGAUUACGUCAAGGGAGCGGGAGCCAAGAUGCUGUGCUACGUGGCGACGACGUACGGCAACAAGACCACUGGCUCUGUGGAGGAGGAGAUCACGGCCUACCAAAGCGAAGCUCGCGUCGUCUUCAACACCGGCCAGGCGGCAGACGAGCAGUACUUUUCCUUCUCGCCCCCGGCUGAGGUCCUGGGUUACGAGAACUACUUCAAGGCCGUGAGGCAGCUCGGAGUGCCGGAAACCAGCGACAUUUCCACGCCGCCCCAAAACAUGCUUCUCCUGCACAGCGCCACCGAGCUGGCCGAGAAGCCUGAGCUGAUCCAACCCUUCGUGGACAAGGCCUACUGCAAGGGCUGGGGCACGGUGUACGUGACUGACGACCUCUUCGACGAGGGCAACCCUUGGGACAACCCGCCGACCUUCUGGACAGCCUUUAUCGAAGCCUCGAGGAACAUCCCCACCGUGGAGUCCUGCGGCGACGGCGGCCUCAAGAUCAUCGCCCCCCUCCUUGGCAACGACGACGCCGACACGGAGGCCAUCAUGGCGACCGCUGACCCGGGGGACUACGGCGACAGGAUCAUGGUCGCUAUGAACGUCGAGAUCACCGAGACCGGCGAGUCUACCGACAGGGCUGCCGCGGUCAGGGACGCCGGGGCGAAGGUGCUCUGCUACAUCGAGGCCGACAAGUACGGCAACGACCUGGCCACCCUCGAGGAGGUCGUGGAGACGUAUACCUUCUUCCCCCUCAACGAGAUCUGCGGCGGGUUUUUCUUCGGGGCCUUCAACAUCCUUCUGGCCAUCGAGGACAUGCCCGGCAUGCAGUCCCUCUACCUCAAGACCCAGAAAACCUUCCUCCAGCCGACCGUGGUGUUCGCACCCGAGGUCCAGGACUACUCGGACGGCUUCGAGUCGAGCUACAGCUUCAGCUACGACUUCGUGGAAGUCGAUGAAGAUGACUGGUACAGCACGAACAACUGGGACAGCACCACCAACUUCGAGCUCCCGUGGGAAGACGUUAUGACCGAGACUGACCUCGUUGCGCUGGCGGAGUCCCUCACCGUGGGGCUGGGUGACGGCGCCACGGCCGGCGAGAUCGUGGUCGCGGAGGCCAUAGACGGCGGCUCGGUCAUCCCCGAGGCCCCCGAGCCCAACGAGAGCACCGCUGCCCUCGUCACCGGCUACGCCGGGGCCCCGGAGAAUGGCGACAGGGAGAGAGAGAGACGGCCGGCCGGCCGCCGGCCGUCAGAGCGUUGGCUACCGGAAUUCAAACCGCACGACACUCGUUAAGGUUAAGGAGAGCGUGUGACUGCUACGACCCGAAUACAAGCCACACGAAACUUGGGGAAGGAAUCGAGUGUUUCGAGUGUUUGGUUUGCCCUUUCCUUUCCCUCUGCCAGAUAGAAGCGUCGUCCCCUUAAUACGCGUUUUGUUCGGUGUUGUUUUUGUUUUUUUUAUGUUCGGAACUUCAAAUCCGUGACGAGGCACAAAAUUCAGUGGUGUAGAAAUCCUCGCGUUGUGUGUGCGUGUGCGUGUUUUUUUUAGGGGGGUCAUUCGCUUGUUUCCUGGAUUUGCUGGGAGUCCUAAUCCGUGUAAGGGUGGUGGCGGCGGGGCACGCGGUUGGAUAGAUGGGCAGACUCACUUUUGCGUACGCACCACGACCCAUUUUGUCCGUGUCCUGCCCGGUGCGCGCGAAAUUAUCUUGAGCCUGUCCUUCGAUGGUUUCUUGAAACAUUUUUGUCCAUCGAUGACUUCUUCUUGUGUGUGAGUGGCGUUGUUGUGCAUGCGGUACACAGAUGCACCACAAAAACUAGCGUCUGUUUGUUUUCGGAGGGGCUGGAGGCAAUGGGGGAAAAAAAUGGUCUAGGUUGUAGACUAGAUCGAUUGCUCUCGCACGAUGAGUGCUGAUCGUUGCAGAUGUGCAUGUAGUCGUGUUGUUUGUUGCCUUCUCUCCCUCUCUCUCUUGAGAAGGAGAGGAGAGAAGGCAAAAAGAAACACCAUGGCCGAGAACAACGGAAACGUUAAGGUAGAAGUGGUGGUUGUCUUGUCUUUGCACCCCGAGUACGGUUUUGGUUCACGGCUAACGCUUUUCCCAUUUCGCGAGGUCAGGUCAGGUCAGGUGUUGAGGGGUAAUAACCUCUUGGCACAUGAGAAACCUACCAGCGCGUUUAGUGUUCGGUGGUGUAGUACUGUAAUACUUGCUUCGUCUGUUGCUGGUGCGAAACCCUUACAAUGGUGAAUUAUUUUGUAUUAACGUGUUUUUCGUACGCCGGAUGACGUUCCCAUUCGGGGGGGCGGGGGGGGGGGGGGGGCGUAAGGGCCGAGACUCCGGAGUGCCCCGUGGGUUGGAUUUUACCCCAGGGUCUGUACCCGUUCGAGUAGUUCGAGCUGCCUGGUACUAUCUACCACGCUUAACGGUAACGUGCUUGCUUGUGGCUGCGCAAAGAGCUGCCUUCGCAGCUUUGCACCGGGUGGGUGUCGUUGCGACGCGCACGGCGCGCGGUGCUGCUGCACUGUGACGGGUGGCUUGCCUUUUGCUUGCUAUUGUUUUCGUGGCUCCAAUUCGAGGAGACCACCGUCCCUGUCCCAACCCUUUACGUUUCUUAAUUAAGUUGCUGUAGCAUGUGUGUGUUCUUCGACGACUUGCAGCAAGAAGAGUCGAGGGUAGAGGGUAGAGGAUAUACUAAUGAUACCCUAUCGAUUUUUGGAUAUUCGGCCGCUGAGCCUUUUGCCGUUUGCGGUGAAGACGCAAAGAGAAAAGGCACGCGCAGUUACUGUUAC